AUGUCAAUUGCCGGUGCGAAUAGGGCGCAGCAGUGUCGUCGACGAGGUAAUGGAGGGCAAGCGGACGAUGCAUUAGCUGUGGGCUCGAAGGGUUUUCUAACAAAGCUGGUCCAGCUCCUAAUCCCGGCACGAAAAGCGCCACCAUAUGCGAGCCCAACCGCAAACGCGACCAUCACACCCGCGCGUGAGGAUCCACCGAGCAGGGAUUACGGGGAAGUGAAAAGAGAAGCGUUGCAGGGGGCUAGCGUUGGUGGGCGGGGAAGUCAAAAUGAGCCCAAAAGGAAUGGCCGGGUCUCGCCUCGCAGGCCCACGACUCUCAAGCAGCACACACAGCGCCUUCACGUCGACCCCGCCCUGCAGCAGCUCAGGCACGCUGUCGCUGUGAUGGGCUCCUCAGUCGCCAGGCCACACAUCGCGAAACGCGCUGCAGCAACCGGGCGCAACGCCGCUGUGUUUGCCAGGCCCGUCCGGUUCUCGUGGCGGUUCCCUGCAUGUGUCCGAGACAGUUGCCUCGAGCUAUCGCCAGCUGUACCACGGUUGACUUCUUCUUCUGGCGCACCAGGCGACUCUUCCUUUAGCGCCACCCGAAGCGUCUGUCAUCCGGCGUCAUCCAUGAUAGCAAUCGCAUCGCCAACGGCGCCGAGUCAGGCCUGCGUUCGCAAUUGUACGCGAGUUUGA